CGCGACCAUGUCGUCGAUAAAAACGAGUAAUACUACAGGAACGAAUCGUAUCCUACCAGCUCUUAGUCGCUUCAAGUAUGAAUAUUUCGUCGCCGGUAUAUCCGGUGGCGUUGUUUCGACACUUACCCUUCAUCCAUUGGAUCUGAUCAAAAUUAGAUUGGCAGUUAACGAUGGACGUAGCUCGAUACCACAAUACACUGGUAUAGUAAAUGCUUUCAAGCAGAUUAUGAAAAGCGAAGGAAUACGUGGAUUCUACAGAGGAGUAACACCGAACGUCUUGGGAUCAGGCUGCUCUUGGGGAUUGUAUUUCUUCUUUUACAAUAACAUAAAGACAUGGAUUCAAGGAGGAAAUGCGAAGAAACCGUUAGGUCCAUCAAUGCAUAUGCUAGCUGCUGCAGAUGCAGGAAUAUUAACUUUGUUAAUGACUAAUCCAAUAUGGGUAGUGAAAACACGAUUGUGUUUACAAUAUGUUGAAGAUAAAAAUCUGGCAGAAUCGAAGAGAUAUACAGGAGUAACAGAUGCCCUAUUAAAGAUCUAUAGAACCGAAGGCAUCAGAGGUUUAUAUAAGGGUUUAGUUCCUGGAAUGUUUGGUGUAUCACAUGGUGCCAUACAGUUUAUGACAUAUGAAGAAAUGAAAAAUAAAUAUAACAUAUAUCAAAACGUACCUAUUGACACAAAGUUGAACAUGUUUGAAUAUAUCCUUUUUGCGGCCGUUUCUAAGGUAAUUGCAGCUGCUGUAACAUAUCCUUACCAGGUAUUAAGGGCGCGUUUGCAAGAUCAUCAUCUUGACUACAGAGGAACGUGGCACUGCAUCCAGGUGACAUGGAGGUGUGAAGGUUGGCGUGGAUUUUACAAGGGUCUUAGUGUCAACCUUAUGAGAGUGACCCCAGCAACCGUGAUUACCUUUUUGGUCUACGAGAAUGUUACCUACUUCCUCAAGCACAACCCACAAUAUGCAAACAUUGGGUCCAGUGGAUAGAACAAUAUCUUCGACAAUGAAGUAUUGUACUUUAAGCAGAGCACCACGCAUCCGAAUCGAUAGAAAAUCACGCACGGAAACAUCAAUUUGAAGCAAACGAGAUGUUCUCCAAGUUGAGGCGCAUUAGUCGAUGGAAAAUGAAUGAUUGAUUUACUAUACCCCCAUGCCGCUACCCUCGGGAAAUCCGAUGGAUCGAAUGUGCCUCGAUACGCCAUGGGUGAUAUUCUUCACCUUUGACCCACGUGCUAAGCACAUGGAGUAUAAAAAGAAAAUGUGGAUGGUCCAACGACUUUUACGGUCACAUUCCUUUCGUAAGCACAUCGUCGUUAGAUAAUAUUCGUUUAAUUGUUUUUUCUUUUUUUUUUUCGAAAUCAAUUAAUAGAACAACAGAUACUUAUUUCACUCACUUCAUUUCAUGUUGUCUCUUAUCACAAGAGAUGACUAUUCAGAGAGAAGGUUACUUUUAAUGAGUCUCCGAGUAACGGUUCAGUAACACCGCAAAUGAAUUAGGAGUUGGCGAAUUUGCGUGGAGCCUGUAAUUGUCUUGUUAAUUGGCUAUUUUCUAACGGAUCCCCAAGAUAAUGAAAUAUUUCGAACUUGAACGUGUUAUCGAUCGACUAUGCCCGGGCAAUCGACGUACCAUGAAUUCGAUGCGAAGCUUCGUAUUAAUGACAUUCUAAUUGACGUAUUUAAAAUUCGAUAGAAUUUGCCUGAGCCUCUACGUUAUUACUUAUUGGAAUACCGAUGUGAAUAUAGAGCUAAAACGUGUUCUAUUCGUUUCAAAUAACACUGUACUUGUGUAUUUCACGAGUUUUAUUAACUCAUUAGGUCUAUGGAAAAGUUUUCUUUGUUUUUUAAAUAUAAGAAAAUAAUAUACAUUUGUUUGUUGAUAUUUAAUUAACAAUGUAAUUUACAUUAAUAUUAACAAUUUCCGAUCUUUCAAGCAGGGGUUAAACAAAUCAAAUUUUUGUAAUUUUUUUUAGAUUUGUGAGGUCUGUCACGUCGAACACGUGAAAGUCUGUACUUCGAUUUUAAUUUCUUGUAAUAGCAAAGCACAAUUCCCGACCAUUCUCGAGAAAAUCGGCUUUAAAAAAUCUCGAAUAAAUAUUAACAAGAAGGAAUAAAUGUUGGACGACGAGCUGUAUAUUAUUUUUAUUUAAAAAAUCUCUUAAUCUUUUACGCAAAAUCUUUAUACAAAUUUUAUUUACGUUGGAAACGAAUGAUAUAGAUCUAUAAUUUGUAUCUACAUUUUUCACUACCUUUAUAUAUUAAAGUUAUUUUUUUCGCAAGUGCAUCUGCACACGCAGUGUUGCACAUUCAUCAUACAUUCACAUAUACACACACGUGUAUAUUCAUGAGGUAAACCAUAGACAAAUAUUGCAUACAUACAUCACACGUACUUACAUGUAACAUACAUCGGUGAGUGACUGCUGUUUUUCCUCCCGUAUUAUUAUUAUUGAGUGCAGUAACAGUAAAUAAAGUAAAUAAAGUAAAUAAAUAAAACUCUAGAAUUUGAAAGAUAAGACAUUUGGUAAGAUCUUGUUGAACGCGCCAAUUAAUUUGUGUUAAUCAACCUAUUUAAAUAUUUCAUUAUAGUUUCAGUAAAUUAAAUAUAUAUCUGUAAAUAGUUCCAGCAUCUGUAAAAAUUAUGUAGUAAGUUUUUAGAAUAUGGAUGCACCCGUAUGGAUAUGUAGUAUGAUUAAAAUAAAAAAAUUUUAUAGAGAUUCGACGUCUUACUAGAAGUCGUUAGUUUUAUAUUAACCACAAGAGUGUUAAUGAACUUUGUUUUCAAUUUCUUUUAUAUAAAAAUAUUAAUAAUUUAUAAACAUUCAUAGGGUAUAGCAGCGAUUAAAAAUUAAAAGUUUGACAAGGACAAAUAUUUGAAGAUAUGGAAAGAUUGAUUCAUAAUUUAAGUAUUUUUGCGACAUUUACCUUACAGAUAAGACAUAUGUUCGAUUCAAAUGCGUCUGUAUUAUUUUGUACGUGUUUUCUAUAUCGACAUAUAUAUAUUAUGACGAACGUCAUUGAGGAUAAACGAGCCAGUAUUUUUUCUUUUUAUGUUACGCAUACAGUAAAAAUGACGAUAAUUGAGAGAUCAAAAUGAAAAAGUUGCGGAGAGGUUAUCAAAAUACUUCAUAUUCGAUUGGAUUGUUCGGUUGACCGAAAAAAUUGCGUUUACAUAUAAAGUGCAUAUCGUAAGAAAUCAGAAAAGCGUUAUUGUUGGUUUUAAACUUUCUCUCAAGGGUCAUAUAUCAUCAUGCAGAUUAUUUGACUGUGAGAAUUCGUUGGAUAAAAAACACAUUGUCCAAGUCUUAGACAUUUCUAAUUUAAGCUCAUAAUUUAUUAAAAUGUAGAAAAUACAAUAAACACAAGAGGUAGGUUUGCA